AACCAUGACCAGGCUGUUAUGUGCAGGCUUACUAUUGGGAUAUGGAAGUAUGCAAGAAAUAUGACUGUGCCUGUCUGUUGAGGAGACCACUGAAGAGCAUCUCUUGACAAACAUGGCACUUUUCCUCUAUAUGAAGUGGUUCUCAGUUUGGUGGAAACAUGGAGUUUGAAGAAUGUUUUGUGGAAUAUUAUCCCUAACAAAGUUACUUCUUACCUCUGGAAGGCUUAACAGAACUUCAUGGAUCCUCUUUAUGACUGCAUCACUAUUUCUUUCAUUUGAUUUGGGUCAGAACUUGAGCAGAUUUAGAUGAUCUUGAACUAAAGAAGCUUGCAAAAUUCAACACAGACUCAUAAAGCUUUCUAGUCCAAAAUCAUUGUUCCUGUUUGUAUUCACCCUCAACCAUGGCUGACUGGGGUUUUCUCAGUGAACUGUUUGGGUCACUGCAGGCGCACUCACCCAUGUUGGGUCGUCUCUGGUUGCUCCUCAUGCUGGUCUUCAGGAUGCUGAUCCUCGGUACAGUGGCCAGCGACAUGUUUGAUGAUGAACAAGAGGAGUUUUCUUGCAACACAUUGCAGCCAGGAUGCAAGCAAGUUUGCUACGACCAUGCCUUCCCUAUCUCUCAGUAUCGCUUCUGGGUCUUCCACAUUGUGCUCAUCUCUACCCCUGCUCUUGUGUUCCUCAUGUAUGCCAUGCACCACCACAAGAAGCACCAGGUCCUCCCACAAGACUCCACCAUCCUUAAAGCAAAGCGGGAUCUUCAUCUCAAGCGUCUCUAUCUAAUCAAUGUAGCUUUCAGGAUGUUGUCUGAGGUGGGGUUCCUGAUUGGACAGUGGAAACUGUACGGCUUUCGCGUUGAGGCUCAGUUUCCCUGCAGUCGCUUUCCAUGUCCAUACACUGUGGACUGUUUCACCUCUAGACCUAUGGAGAAGACAGUCUUCCUGCUCUUCUACUUCGCCAUUGGAAUACUGUCAGCUGUCUCCAGCCUGGCCGAAUUUGUUCACAUCAUCUUCAAAUGGUUUAUGAAAGGCACUAAGGGGUUCAAGUCCUUGGUAAGGGAGGAUAUUGAAUUCAAAGAAGAGGUUGGUAAGACUAAACAUGAGAGGAGUCAAGCCAGUGGUCUGAAGUCAGGCAGAACCAGGCAUGUGCUGCGGUUUAAUGGAAGAACCAGUAAAUCAAGGGUAAGCACAAGCUCAAGGAAAUCCAGUAUCAGAAGCAAGAGCUUCGGAGAACUGAUAGUGUAAGGACCAGAAUUUUCAAAUGUUGUUUAUGUAGUGUACACAUCUGUAUAUUCAUUUGUAAAUGCAGCUGAUAAACUUUAUAAGAAACAUACAGUAUGUACACCUGCACAUUUAUACAGCUAUAUAAUCAGCCAAUCAUGUUUGAGUAUUUUAUCAAUCACAAUUUUGUGUGUGAAUUCUGUAAAGAGAUGUUUAAACAUUUUGUAGAAGCAU